GAAUGAACCGAAGCAUUCCUGUGGAGGUUGAUGAAUCAGAACCAUACCCUAGUCAGCUGCUGAAAGCAAUCCCAGAAUAUUCCCUGGAAGAGGAAUCAGAACCACCUGCUCCAAAUAUAAGGAACAUGGCACCCACCAGCCUGUCUGUACUCCAAGCAGCUGACUCGGGAGAGUUUCCUCGGGCUCACCCGCCCCUGAAACUUGCAAAUCACCAGUGGUCUGUGUCCCAGCAGGCCACCUGCCUGCGCAAUAAAGUCCUGGAGGAGAGUGAAGACAGCUUCUGUGGGAGACACUCAGACCUCAGCAAAGAUUGUGCGGCUAAUGAGCCUGCGUCUGAGGCCAUGGUUGGAGCCCUCCUCCCAGAACAUCAGUUUUCAGUUCUGGGAAAACGCAAUCAAUGGCUGGGAUCUCAGCUUUCAGCAGCUUCUCCAGAUACUGGCCAUGACUCAGACAAAUCAGACCAAAGUUUACCUAAUGCCUCAGCAGACUCCUCAGGCAGCAGCCAAGAGACGAUGCAAAGGCCCCAACCCCACAGGAAUCCAGCAGCUCCAGAUCUGCCUACCAUAGACACGGGGUAUGACUCACAGCCCCAGGAUGUCCUGGGCAUCCGGCAGCUGGAAAGACCUCUGCCCCUCACCUCCGUGUGUUACCCCCAGGACCUCCCCAGACCUCUUAGGUCCAGGGACUUGCAUCUGUUUGAACCUCAGAGGUAUCCAGCGUGUGCUCAGAUGCUGCCUCCCACCCCUUCCCCACAUGCUCAGUGGAACUAUCAGUACCAUUGUCCUGGAGGUCUCAACCCCCAAGUGCCAUAUGGCCACAACUACCCUCGAACAGCCUACCAGCAAGUGGUCCAGCCAGCUCUACCUGGACAGCCCCUAGCUAGAGGAAGCAUGAGAGGCCUUCACCCUGUGCAGAAGGUCAUCUUGAAUUACCCCAGUCCUUGGGACCAAGAAGAGAGGCCAGCACAAAGAGACUACUCCUCCCCGGGUCCCCCAAGAUAUCAGGACCAGCUGUAUAACCAAACACCUAAUAGAGCUGGAGUUCUGGAGUCCUUGGAUUGUCCUGCAGAUUUGAGACCACAGGGUCCCCAGGCUCCAUCCCCAGCUGCUAUCCCCAGACCCCCUAGCCAUCCUCCAGCUAGAGGAACUCUGAAAACAAGCAAUUUGCCAGAAGAAUUGAGGAAAGUCUUUAUUACAUAUUCUAUGGACACAGCCAUGGAGGUGGUGAAAUUUGUGAACUUUCUGUUGGUCAAUGGCUUUCAAACUGCAAUUGACAUAUUCGAAGAUAGAAUCCGUGGCAUUGAUAUCAUUAAAUGGAUGGAGCGCUACCUUAGGGAUAAGACAGUGAUGAUAAUCAUAGCUAUCAGCCCCAAAUACAAACAGGAUGUGGAAGGCGCUGAGUCGCAGCUGGACGAUGAUGAACACGGCUUACAUACUAAGUACAUCUAUCGAAUGAUGCAGAUUGAGUUCAUAAAACAAGGAAGUAUGAAUUUCAGAUUCAUCCCUGUGCUCUUCCCAAAUGCUAAGAAGGAACAUGUGCCCACCUGGCUUCAGAACACUCACGUCUACAGCUGGCCCAAGAAUAAGAAAAACAUCCUGCUGCGGCUGCUGAGAGAAGAAGAAUAUGUGGCCCCACCCCGGGGGCCUCUGCCCACCCUUCAGAUAGUGCCCUUGUGA